UCUUGAGGUACAUGGCUGUGUGUGUCCUCGUUCUGUGUUAUAGCCAAGUAUCCAAUUAUACAACAACAGAUAUCAACAAAGUUUCCGUUGGAGCGCCGUUGCAUGGGAGUCAAGCUCCUCUGGAAAGCAUAAGGAAUUAAAGGAAUUGACUGGACUUCGCCGAAUGCAAUUGGGAAUUCAACCUGACUUGCGAGGCAGUGAGGCGUCAUGAUGUGGAGAGACGUGGGAGUAACACUGAUACUGUCACUAAUCCUGCCUGUGGUUGCUCAGGGAGCACGCCACACCCCCCCAGGAAAGCCCAAGCUGACCAGCUGUAGGUCCCCAGAUAAGGAGACCUUCACCUGCUGGUGGGAGGCAGGCUCUGAUGGGGGGCGACCCACCACCUACUCCCUCUUCUACCACAAAGAGAACUCUGACACGGUCUAUGAGUGUCCAGACUACCAUACAGCAGGGGCCAACUCCUGUUUCUUCAACAAGAAUGAAACAUCCAUCUGGGUCAACUACAACAUCACUGUAGUGGCCACCAACGCCCUCGGCAACAACUUCUCUGACCCUGUGGAUGUAGACGUGGUCUAUAUAGUCCAGCCACACACACCAGAGAACGUGACGGUAGGGGUGUUGGAGGACGAAGAUGGUCCCUUCCUCAGGGUGUCAUGGGAACCGCCCCGUAAGGCCGACACACGUUCCGGCUGGAUCACCCUCAUCUAUGAGCUCAGGGUCAAACUGGAGGAGGCGGAGGAGUGGGAGGAGCACCGCGCAGGCCAGCAGAAAAUGUUCAACAUCUUCAGCCUGCACUCUGGUGGUGUCUACAUGGCACAGGUCCGUUGUAAGCCAGACCACGGCUUCUGGAGUGAGUGGAGCACCGCCAGCUAUGUCAUAGUUCCAGACUACAUCCCCCGGGAACGAUCCAUGUGGAUCCUGAUAGCCGUCUUCUCUGCCUUCAUCUUCUUGAUUCUCACGUGGAUUAUCACCUUGAACAGAAGCAGUGUGAAGCACUGUCUACUACCUCCCGUUCCUGGACCUAAAAUAAAAGGAUUUGAUCAACAGCUUCUCAAGAAGGGCAAGCCAGAAGAGGUAUUCAACUCCCUGGUAGUCCAAAGUUUCCCUCCGAGGUCUACUGACUACGAGGAUCUGCUGGUGGAAUACCUGGAAGUGUACGUCAACGAGAAACAGGAACUGAUGCCGGAGGGAAAAGACCUCCAAGAUGUUGGCUGCCUCAAGUCCAAGAGCCAGUCGGACAACGACUCGGGCCGGGGCAGCUGUGACAGCCACACCUUGCUGAUGGAGAAGUGUGGAGCUGUGGAGUCCAAGGACGAGUCGAGCUACGAGGAACCCGAGCUACUGCAAGGCCAGAAGGGGUCUUGGGAGAGGCUGGAGAGGGGAGACAGCCAGGUGGUGGACACCCCAGAUUCAUCAGAUGGGAGGGUUAAGACCUGGCCAUUAGUCUUCUCCCCGUCGAUCCAUGGAUCCUCCGACAACCACCACUAUGGUACACAUGAGGUGCCCAAGCAGCACAGCACAAGUGAGAUAACAUACAGCGUCCCAGAUCAUCUCUUCGCCACAUCCACCUCCUUUCCCCACCACCACCACCCAGAGUACAGAGACAGCCUGGGAGAGUACAGCGAGUACCGUCGGAGCAGAUCCCCAUCCACUAGAGUUGCAUACCACUGGGAGGCCCAGCACCACCCCCAGGCCCACAGCAACUUCAACAUCCGCAAUCUGGAGCGCCAGAAAGAAGCCACGGGGCUUGGGCUGCCCCCCUCCCGGUCCAUGGAGUACGUAGAGGUCCAGAAAGUGAACCAGGAGAACCAGCUGGUCCUGAAGCCCCUCUCCAGCCACGGCCGGGGCCCCUUCCAGGUGCAGUUCGGCAGGGCCGGGGUGGACUACAGUAAAGUCAACGGGGUGAACAAUGACAACGUGCUCUUGCUGCAGAGGCAGAGGGAGAUGGCUGAGGCUGGGCAGUACUGUGACUACCGGGAGAAGGAGGGGGCUGAGGCUGAGAGAUAUCCCACACAGCAGCAGGGCAAGACGACCAAAGACGGACCUGUAGCCACCCAGCUCCAGGAGAGCACGUGCCUGACCACCAGCGGCUAUGUGGACACUGCCCCCACGAUGCCCACCUUCUAGACUAAUCUACCCAAAGACAGUCUGUGUGCUAAACUCCCUGCUCCUCCUGUAGUCAUGAGCUGGGUUGUGAAGUCACACAGUUAGACAAUUUGCUAUUGUGACUCUCCCUUCUGUCAGUCUCCAGCUCAGCACAGGAGUUUUGUACAUUGAGGAUGCCUGGAUGGAUAGUUCUGUGGAGAAUAAAAAACGGUUCACUCGAAGGCUAAGCUAACCUCCCCAAAAACUUACAAACACUUUGAGAUAGUGUGGAGAGUUUCUGUCAGAGGCGGAACCAAAACCCUUUAGCUCACUCACAAACUGUUAAAGAACCAAAUAUAUAUAUGUUCUUCAUGCAAGAACCGAUGGAAAACAGUUUUAUGCUUCAGAAUCCACAGACCGAAUAGCUAUAUAUUUAUUUUUUUAUCAUACAUGAUUAUUCAUGAUAAUGAAUGUAUUUGAUCAUAAUGGUGUAAAUUCAAUUGUAUGCUAAUGAUUUCUUAUUUCAGCUCUGUUGUCCCUCUCUGUAAUGUAAAUUGAAACUCUACUGAUUUCUUAUUUCAGCUCUGUUGUCUCUCUCUGUAAUGUAAAGUGAAACUCUACUGAUUUCUUAUUUCAGCUCUGUUGUCUCUCUCUGUAAUGUAAAUUGAAACUCUACUGAUUUCUUAUUUCAGCUCUGUUGUCUCUCUCUGUAAUGUAAAGUGAAACUCUACUGAUUUCUUAUUUCAGCUCUGUUGUCUCUCUCUGUAAUGUAAAUUGAAACUCUACUGAUUUCUUAUUUCAGCUCUGUUGUCUCUCUCUGUGGUCCUGUGUAGCUCAGUUGGUAGAGCAUGGCGCUUGUAACGCCAGGGUAGUGGGUUCGAUCCCCGGGACCACCCAUACGUAGAAUGUAUGCACGCAUGACUGUAAGUUGCUUUGGAUAAAAGCGUCUGCUAAAUGGCAUAUAUUAUUAUUAUUAUAUUAUAUAAAGUGAAACUCUACUGAUUUCUUAUUUCAGCUCUGUUGUCUCUCUCUGUAAUGUAAAGUGAAACUCUACUGAUUUCCAAAAGGUACUACUGCAGACUAUUUCCUCGACCGACUUGCAGAGGAAACCUUUCUGUGGACAGAUAAUAUACGGGUGUAAUGGGAAUGAUUCUUGUAGAACCACGACUGGGGAAACCUCUAAAUGAAUCUCAAUGUAUUAUUCGGACUUUGAUAAAUGUGUCUAGUCUCAGAGAGAUACUGUACCAGCGGAUGAUUCAGUUUUUUUGGUUCAGAAAACAUUUUUCUAUUAUCUGUAAGUACAAUUUUGUAUUAAAGAAAAUAAAAAAGUACAAAGAGAAAAAGCACAACAAAAAGAAAUACAGGGAUAUUUUUCCAUACGGAGUUUAUUUUGGUGUAGGUACAUACAGAUUCAUUACUAUAUUGAUUAUUUGUUCAAUCUAGUAUAUUGAUGAUUUGUUCUGUGAAUUAAAAUGCUGCUCAUUAAAGAUGUAAUAUAGACAAA